UGGCGGCGGCGCUACUGCUGUGGCGGGCGGGGCUGGCGGGGCCCCGAGGAGGCGGUGAGUCGCGCACGCACAGCCCUGCGAGUUCUCCUGAGUAAGGCUCUUUUGACCAGACCAGCCAUUGCCUGCUCUGCAACUGAGGAGCGCCGUCUUCUGGCAUGCAAAAUCCAUACAUCCCCCAGGAGUUUAGCAGGUUCCAAGGCAGCCUCUCUGCACUGGACAGGCGAGCGAGCAGUCAGCGUCUUCCUGCUUGGGCUCCUGCCUGCAGCCUACCUGUACCCUGGACCGGUGGUGGACUACACCCUGGCUGCGGCUCUCACACUCCACGGCCACUGGGGCCUUGGCCAAGUCGUAACCGACUACGUCCACGGAGAGACAUCCUUUAAACUAGCCAGCACGGGCCUCUAUCUGCUAUCCGCCGUCACCUUUGCAGGCCUCUGCUACUUUAACUACCAAGACGUGGGCAUCUGCAAGGCCGUGGCCAUGCUGUGGAGCCUCUGAGACACACCAUCCACUGCCGGCAACAUGCAACGAUUGUUCACCGCGGCCUCAGCUUCAUCAUUUUAUCACCAAGUCAUUGAAUAAGGGAGAAGCAGCAGCAGAGGGCCCUGCAUGGCAUACAGCAGAGUAUUUUGGGGAGAGGUUUUUCUGGGUCAGGGUUAACAGCCGGAAGCUACUCAGAGAAAUGUGGGGAUUUUUGCCAGGAAAAGAAUCAGGCCAGGAACAGGUUGGGAUUGGAGAAGGGUGCUGGGGUGGUGAAGCCACUAGCUCCCCCUCUCUCCCGGCAGCUCCCCUUUCCCUGCCCAGUGACAGCCUGCUUUCAGCCAGUGCGGCAUAACUUGAUCUUGGUUUUUCAUCUUAUGUCUCAGUCCUGAAGUUGCAAUUAGUGAAUUUUGUACACAGCAUCUUGCGCAGGGCUCAGACUGGGUCCUGAACAAUUGCUGUGCAAAAAGGGAAGGCUUUUUUUGUUUAUUUUAAACUGUGUACAAUAAAGAAUUUAUGGAACCCUCAA